GCCCGCCCUGCGGGUUCGAAGCCGGGGGCCGGCACCUGGCGGCACUAGGCCCUCGGGCCGCGGCAGUCGCGGUAAUGGCAGCCACCGUUUGCCGAGCGUUGUGCCGUGGGCCGCACCUCGCGACUUGCUCGCCCGGUGUCCCCCAGACAGCGGUCCCGUGUGACAGGUAGAAUCCGUAACCCCAUUUUACGGAGUAGGAGAUUGGGGCCUUAGGAAACUUGCUCAAGGUCACGCAUCUCCUGACAGCGAGAGCCGGGAUUCAAACCCGCCGCGUUCUCCUCCAGGACCGUCACUCAUAACUACCGCCGUCUCCUCCCCCAAGUUCACUGAUGAAGCCGCCUGAAGUUCAGUUUUCUCAGGAGGGGCAGUGAUGACUCCCGUGGUUGUUUGGGGCUUCACUGACAAAGCGCCCCUAAAAGCUCCCGGCACGCUCGCUGCCUCAGCCGCAGGAAGUGCCCAGGAGUGACGGCUGUCCCCCAACACGAAGUGCCUGGGUGCGAAAUAACCCUUUGUGUCGUCUGUCUCCUUCAGGCUUUGUGGGUGGAAGGCAGGCAUGGUCAGACCCAUUUCACUGACCGGAACGCAGAGGCAGGACGUGUCGCUCUCCACGUCUUUCGGCCAGUAAAAGCAGUCAAGCUGGAGCCCAAAGCCAGGUGUCCUGACGCCCAGCGGGGGGCUCCCUGCACCGACCAUGAGUCGCCUGCUCUGGAAGAAGGUGGUCGGCGCCACCACCGGCGGGCCAGGGCCAGUUCCAGCUCCGGGGCGCUGGGGCUCCGGCCCCGCCCCCAGCGACGGGCGGCCGCCGCCUGCGCCGUCCUCGGAGGGCGGCCAGCAGCAGCGGCACAGCCCGUUGCACAUCCAGAUGCUGUCGCGAGGGCUGCACGAGCAGAUCUUCGGGCGCGGCGCAGAGAUGCCCGGCGAGGCCGCGGUGCGCCGCAGCGUCGAGCACCUGCAGAGGCACGGGCUCUGGGGGCAGCCGGCCACGCCCUUGCCCGACGUGGAGCUGCGUCUGCCGCCCCUCUACGGGGGCGGCCUGGACCAGCACUUCCGCCUCCUGGCCCAGAAGCAGAGCCUGCCCUACCUGGAGGCGGCCAACUCGUUGUUGCGGGCCCGGCUGCCCCCCCGGCCCCCGAGCUGGGCCUGGGCGGAGGGCUGGACCCGGUACGGCCCCGCGGGGGAGGCCGAACCCGUGGCCAUCCCCGAGGAGCGGGCCCUGGUGUUCGACGUGGAGGUCUGCUUGGCAGAGGGAACUUGCCCCACGUUGGCGGUGGCCAUAUCCCCCUCGGCCUGGUAUUCCUGGUGCAGCCGGCGGCUGGUGGAAGAGCGUUACUCUUGGACCAGCCGGCUGUCGCCGGCUGACCUCAUUCCCCUGGAGGUCCCUGCCAGAGCCGGCGGCCCCGCUCAGCGGGACUGGCAGGAGCAGUUAGUGGUGGGGCACAACGUCUGCUUUGAUCGAGCCCAUAUCAGGGAGCAGUACCUGAUCCAGGGCUCCCACAUGCGUUUCCUGGACACCUUGAGCAUGCACAUGGCCAUCUCGGGGCUCAGCGGCUUCCAGCGCAGUCUGUGGAUGGCCGCCAAGCAGGGCAAGCGCAAGGCCCGGCACCCCACGCAGCGGGGCCAGAAGUCCCACAACAAAGCCAACGGCCCGGUGAUCUCAUCCUGGGACUGGCUGGACAUCAGCAGUGUCAAUAACCUGGCAGACGUGCACAGCCUCUAUGUGGGGGGGCCUCCCCUAGAGAAGGAGCCUCGAGAGUUGUUUGUCAAGGGUAGCAUGAAGGACGUCCGUGCGAACUUCCAGGACCUGAUGCAGUACUGUGCCCAGGACGUGUGGGCCACCUAUGAGGUUUUCCAGCAGCAGCUUCCGCUCUUCUUGGAGAGGUGUCCCCACCCGGUGACGCUGGCCGGCAUGCUGGAGAUGGGGGUCUCCUACCUGCCUGUCAACCAGAACUGGGAGCGGUACCUGGCCGAGGCACAGAGCACCUACGAGGAGCUCCAGCGGGAGAUGAAGAAGUCGCUGAUGGACCUGGCCAACGACGCCUGCCAGUUGGUCUCAGGAGAGAGGUACAAAGAAGACCCUUGGCUCUGGGACCUGGAGUGGGACCUGCAAGAGUUUAAGCAGAAGAAGGUGAAGAGGAAGAGGAAGGAGCCAACUGCAGCCAGCCUGUUGCCCACCGAGGGGGCUGGGGCCCCUGGGGAUCCCAAGGAUCAGGAAGACCCUGGCCCCCCCAGUGAGGAGGAGGAGGCUCAGCGGGGUGUCAUGGCCCGCACCUGCUUGGAGCACCUGAAGGGGACCGUGGAGACCCUGCCCAAGCGGCCCCAGCACCUUCCUGGACACCCUGGGUGGUACCGGAAGCUCUGCCCCCGGUUAGAUGACCCCGCGUGGACCCCAGGCCCCAGCCUCCUCAGCCUGCAGAUGCGGGUCACUCCCAAACUCAUGGCGAUGACCUGGGAUGGCUUCCCUCUGCACUUUUCGGAGCGGCACGGCUGGGGGUACCUGGUGCCCGGGCGGCGGGACAACCUGGCCCAGGCGCCGCUGGAACGUGGCCCGGCAUCAGCGGGGGUGGCCUGCCCCUACAGAGCCAUCGAGUCCCUGUACAGGAAGCACUGUCUUGAACAGGGGAAGCAGCAGCCGGAGCCCCAGGAGGCAGGCCUGGCGGAUGAGUUCCUGCUUGCCGACGGCGGUGCCAUGUGGCAGACGGUGGAAGAGCUGGGCUGCCUGGAGGCGGUGGCGGAGGCAGAGGCGGAGGCUGAGGCCAGGACGGAGCGCUGUGGAGCUGCAGUCCCCGUUCAGCCCCCCGCUCUGACUGCUGCUGGCGGCCCCAGAGCCAGCCAGCCUGCCUAUCACCAUGGCAAUGGACCUUACAAUGACGUGGAUAUUCCUGGCUGCUGGUUCUUCAAGCUGCCUCACAAGGAUGGUAGCAGCUACAAUGUGGGCAGCCCCUUUGCCAAGGACUUCUUGCCCAAGAUGGAGGAUGGCACACUGCAGGCGGGCCCAGGAGGUGCCAGUGGGCCCCGCGCCUUGGAAAUCAACAAAAUGAUCUCUUUCUGGAGGAAUGCCCAUAAACGGAUCAGCUCCCAGAUGGUGGUGUGGCUGCCCAGGUCGGCUCUGCCCCGUGCUGUGACCCGGCACCCACACUACGACGAGGAAGGCCUCUACGGGGCCAUCUUGCCCCAGGUGGUGACCGCCGGCACCAUCACCCGCCGGGCUGUGGAGCCCACAUGGCUCACUGCCAGCAAUGCCCGGCCUGACCGAGUAGGCAGCGAGUUGAAGGCCAUGGUGCAGGCCCCUCCCGGCUACGUGCUCGUGGGUGCCGACGUGGACUCGCAGGAGCUGUGGAUCGCGGCCGUGCUCGGGGACGCCCACUUCGCCGGCCUGCACGGCUGCACGGCCUUCGGCUGGAUGACGCUGCAGGGCAGGAAGAGCAGAGGCACCGACCUGCACAGCAAGACCGCCGCGGCAGUGGGCAUCAGCCGCGAGCACGCCAAGGUCUUCAACUACGGCCGCAUCUACGGGGCGGGGCAGCCGUUCGCCGAGCGCCUGCUGAUGCAGUUCAACCACCGGCUCACGCGCCAGGAGGCCGCCGAGAAGGCCCAGCAGAUGUACGCCGUCACCAAGGGCCUUCGCCGGUACCGGCUUUCGGAUGAGGGGGAGUGGCUGGUGCGGGAGUUGGAGCUCCCCGUGGACAGAACCGAAGACGGCUGGGUUUCCCUGCAGGAUGUGCGCAGGAUACAGAGAGAAGCGUCAAGGAAGUCUCACUGGAAGAAGUGGGAGGUGGUUGCCGAACGCGCGUGGAUGGGGGGCACGGAGUCCGAGAUGUUCAACAAGCUGGAGAGCAUCGCCACGUCCGACGCUCCCUGCACCCCGGUGCUGGGCUGCCGCGUCAGCCGAGCCCUGGAGCCCGCGGCCGUCCAGGGGGAGUUUAUGACCAGCCGUGUGAACUGGGUGGUGCAGAGCUCUGCUGUGGACUAUUUACACCUCAUGCUCGUGGCCAUGAAGUGGCUUUUUGAGGAAUUUGCCAUCGACGGCCGCUUCUGCAUCAGCAUCCACGACGAGGUCCGCUACCUGGUGCGCGAGGAGGACCGCUACCGCGCCGCGCUGGCCCUGCAGGUCACCAACCUGCUGACCAGGUGCAUGUUUGCCCACAAGCUGGGUCUCAACGACCUGCCCCAGUCCGUGGCCUUUUUCAGUACAGUCGACAUUGACCAGUGCCUCAGGAAGGAAGUGACCAUGGAUUGUAAGACCCCUUCCAACCCAACGGGGAUGGAAAGGAGAUACGGGAUUCCCCAGGGUGAAGCACUGGAUAUUUACCAGAUAAUUGAACUCACCAAAGGCUCCCUGGAAAAAUGAAGCCGGCCCGGCCCGUAGCUCUGCCCGGAGGCCCCAUAUUUGCUCCCGUGGAGCUCCGUCGGGGUGCUGCGGGCUCCCACACUCAGGCUCUCAGC